AUGAAUAAUCUCCUCAGGACACUCACCGAGAGCCAGGUCAAGCCCUCGCCUGACCUUAGGCUACUUCUGAGUGCUGUUAAGGACGCACGCCGCCAAAGCUACGAUGCCAAGGUAUCCGACCCCUUUUAUGACUCCCUUGAGGGACUCCUUCAUGAUCUGCGUACAGUGACUAUGGAUAAUCACGACGCGGAGGCAUUCCUUAAGCCAGUUUCAAAAUCUGAUGUUCCCGACUACUACGAUGUGAUCGUAAACCCCAUGGACCUUCAAUCCAUGCUCAAGAAGGUCAAAUCAAAGCAGUACAAGUCCAAGCGCGAGUUUGCGGAUGAUCUAGAUCUGAUAUGGUCAAACUGUUUCACCUACAAUGCGACUGAGGACCACCCCCUCCGCCAAUGCGCAAUGCGCCUCAAGAAGAAAGCCGAUAGACUACUGAAGAACAUCACUGACCGCAAAGAACGAAUUGACCCACCCUUACCUGCUGCUCUAUCCCAGCCUCCAAAUUCCGCUUCUCCUGUCCCAAUGAGACCUAACGCGAUGGCACGGCCCAAGAUUAAUGGCACGACAUACACACACAGACGAUCUCCAUCAUUGACCAUAACGCAAACCACCCCAAAGCAGCGCAUGGAUCUCCCUUUCGCCGAUUCCCCUGCGCUUGAACGUACGCCGCAUGGUAUGGCCUCGUUCCGUGCACUUGAGUCAGAAGCUGGUCCAUCAAGCAUCCCUAAUGGAUACGGCUCGUCUGCUUCUACAAAUGAUUACGACAGCGAAGCAGACGAAGCGGUAAUGUCGAUAGAUAACGACUCGGGGGAGAAACGCAAGCUAAACGGUUCAUCUUAUCAUCCUCGUAAACGCGUACGUCUAACCCCUCCUCCCUUUGCGCCUAUUCCCACGGCAAACGACCCGAACUCGACCUGGUGGUCCUCUGUUCAGUCUGACUCAUUUCUCGCCAAUGGACUUCCAGCCCUUCCCCAGCCUUUCGCUGCAUCGACCCUCUAUCCACAAUCCCAGUUUACACCUUCCUCACUGCAAUCUGCAAGGCCCCGCAAGCGGCGGAAACUCCGCCCUCAGUCCAUAGCAAAAUACAAGGACAGAGAUACUGCUGCGCCCAACACCCUUCUCAGUAUCAUGAACACGAACAUUAAAACUCUCAAACGGGUCCGACGUACGCAUGCUAAGUUUGCCGCGCUCAACCUUAACGCAGAAGAGGGUGGUAUGGGGGAUGAGCCGCCAGAUAUAGGGGAAGAGGGCAUAGUUGACGAGAUUAUAGAUGAGCGGCCGUGGCGAGCGAGAUAUGCUGGUCUUAGACAGGUGAAGGGACCAGUUGAACUAGAAGUUGGUGAGAAGAAUGCGGACGAAUGUCUUAAAUGGAUGAAUCGGAAGGUGUUGGAACAUGAAGGAUUUCAAGGGACGUCAGGCGCUGCACUGGAUGUGUUGGUAGGGGUAACGUCUGAGUAUUUCCUUAAUGUCGGUCGAACGCUACGAUUUAUGUGCGACAAGUAUGCGAAGAGCAUGACGUCAGAGGAAAUAAUCCUGCAUACACUCUUCGAGAGUGGAGUCACAAGGAUUCAAGAUCUUGAGCGGUAUAUCAAGGAUGACGUCGUCCGGCACGGUUCGCGCCUUGUUGACCUCGAGAAAAAGCUCGUUGGAGCGUAUCGCGAAGCUACGCAAGUGGAAGUUCUCGACGACGAUGCGCUGUUUGCUGGUGAAGAUGAUGAAGAGGACGAAAGUGCGUUUGUAAUGGGUGGGUUUUCUGACUCACUUGGUGAUGACUUUCUUGGGUUACGGGAGCUUGGCAUUGCUGCCGAAUUGGGGUUAUCAAGCCUCACUAUCCCAAAGAAGCUACUCAAGGGGAAAUCACGGGGAGCAGCAGGGGCUGCUAUCGAAGCAAAACCCAAAGAACCACCACCACCAUAUCCACCACCACCUCCCCUACUUCCUAUCACGAGCAAGAAUGUGGGCGAUCAAAUUGGGUUAUUGCAUCCCUACUUUCAAGUGCGGCUUGCAGCACUGGCACCUCCCGGCUCCCUCCAAGGUCUCCCUUAUCUCCCACCGGGCCCUCAAUUUGGCUUCCUUCCUCACCCUGGUGUCCUACCAUUGCCUUAUGUACCAAAUCCAUCAGGCGAUUUCGCACGCAUCAUCACGAUCCCAGACGAUGCACCCGCACCUGCACAGGCGAAGCUUGGACCCUUGGGUCAGGUACUCAAGACAGGCGCUGCUGCAGGGGCUUUCAAGAAGAAGAACAAAGCGAAAGAGCCAGGGCCGAUGUCAGGGCCUGAGAUAUUGGUGGAAGCUGGACCUGGUGGUGUUGUCACUAAUGGAUCGAGUGGGGGGACUGGUGGAGCAGGGGGUGGGGCGGCCUUGGGUAUGGCGGGAGGAAGCAAGAAGAAACCGAGUCCGCAAGGGCAGGGAAGGGCGAUGGAGCUUCCGCCUGUCAUUGCUGCGAGCGCGUGA